UUUGACUGAAUGUUCACAUCUUGCUUCCCAACGUGACUGUAAAUAGCACCUCUUCAUGUAGCGACAGAGAAAAAUGUUUGCACCUGCAAAAGCAAGUGUUAAAGGUGAUAACAAAAGGUUGACGUCACCGGGCUCAUCCUGAUCCUGCCGCACAACCUCGACCACUGAGGAGGUGGAGGAGGAGUGCAGGAGUAGUUUAAGAGGAGGACACCAGCUGUUCUUUUUUUUCUGUAACGUCUAAUGGUUCGUGUCUGGAAGGAGAAGGUCUAUCUCUGAUCAAAUUUCGGGUAUCCUAAGGGCGCACUUAACUAAUGGGAUCCUAUCGAUAUUUCUCCCCCUCUAAGCCUGAUCUUUACACGGCGGAAUGUUAAUGUUGCCACAGCCUGUCGGUGUUGUCUUUGGCUGCUCUGAGUCUGGCUUUAUUGAUGUAAUCGGUCUUUAAUGUCAUGGAGCUUGAAGGAUUUUUAUUAAAGCAUACCGCAGUAGAGCAACUCCUCAGUGACUGACGGGACAAUGGAAGUUAUUGCUAUUACUCUGCACAUGUGUGAGGAGAAGUGUGUGUCCCAUGUUGCAUUAGUGUCUGUGUGAAAUGCUGGCCUGUCUGCCAGGGCCAGGUGAUCUCCCCCUCCAGCUUCUCCCCCACACGCAGAUGAACACUGGACUUCAGAAAUGGGACACCAUACAAAGGAUGAGAUCCGCUCCGUUUCCAACCCCUGCAGAAUUGGAUGCAUAUGCUAAGAAAGUAGCCAACAACCCCCUCACCAUCAAGAUCUUCCCCAACAGCGUCAAGGUCCCUCAGCGAAACCACGUGCGACGUACGGUCAACGGCCUGGAUACAUCAGGCCAGCGCUACAGCCCUUACCCUUCUGCUCAGGCUAGUGCUAAGACGGGACUCCUCGCUAUAGUUAAGGGGCCCACAGUCAAAGGUGUCCUGAAAGAUUUUGACGGGAGCCGGGCUCGAUUGCACCCUGAAGUUAUCAUGAAUCCUCCUUGUGGACCUUAUCAAGUGGCUUCAACCAGCACUUUAAACCACCACCCACCUCUGCCGAAUCUGCCACGGCCCCAGCAGAACUUAUCCCUUCAACCGCAGGAUCUGCCUCAGACUUUACACAUGCCCCUCCCCCAGCAGCAGCAGUCUCUCACCCAGAGUCUCAGACACCCUCCUACUUUGGGCCAGCAUCCCCAGGGCCCACCCAGACUCCAGACUCAGCACCCAGCCCUGGGCCACCCACAGGGCCCUCCUACAGUCAUGCUUCAGCAGCAGCACCUUCAGCAGCAGCCGCCACCUGGCCUGCAGGGGAGCAGAAAGCUGCCAGAUGGCGACGUGCCGCCUAACGUUACCGUCUCUACCUCAACCAUUCCGCUCUCCAUGGUUGCCGGGCUGCACCAGGGCCGCCAGGCUGACCUGAGCACCAUCGUGCAUCAGCUCAACCAAUUCUGCCAAGCUCGGGCCCAAGGUGCAGGAGCCACCUCCAUGUGCGAGGGCCAGAUCGCCAACCCCAGCCCCAUCAGUCGCAACCUGCUUAUCAGUGCAUGCUCCAGGGUGUCCAUGCACAGUAACCCUGCUACCCCUGGCUUCCCCCCACCUAACUGCAUCAUUGGCCCUCAAGAAAAAGCCACAGCUCCAAUGGGAGCCCACCCCCAACCAAGUGUGGCUGCUAUGAACCACUUGCCUUCCAACCACACUGAUCUCAAGCAGCAGCACCUCCAGCAUCAACAACAGCUACAACACAACGCACAGCAGCAGCAGAAGAUCCGCUCCUGGAGUCAGCAUCAGUUGGCUCACGUGCCCCACAUUCAAAAUGGUGGGACGCACCUCUGCAAGCAGCCUGCCAGGGACCCAUCCUUCCACUUUAAGGGCAUGGGCUACCCUGCAGAGGUGUGUGUGGGUCAGCCUUACUCCCUGAAACCUCCUGUGGAGAGGCCCACCCCCUCCCCUCCUGUCAACACCAACAGCAUGCCUGGCCCCAUGAACCACUACAGCAACGGUCACUACUUCCAGUCCCACAUUUGGAACAGCAGCAUACUACCCACCCCCAACAGUGAUAGCUCCGGGUCUCAGGACAUAGCCAUGUCAUUCCACGGUGCAGGCACAGGAGGGUGUACCACACUGGACUGUGGUCCCCCUGGGGCUCCCCAUUACAGGCUAGGAACAAGCUCCUCCACCUCCUCCUCCUCCUCUGCCCAGACUAAUCUGAUGCAAACGGCAGAUUACUUGGGUGGGGACUUCCAGACGCCCUAUUUCCGUGAUCAGAAUCUAGGGUUAAUGGGCAAGAUGCACAGGCCUCCUCUCAGCAGGGUAGGUCCAGAGGUUGGAGAUGGCCGAACCGCUCUCAUCCAGCAACCAGGGUACAGAUAAGCUAUGGCCUUGUCUCCAUAACUGUUACAACUCCCUUUGUUUAGUCUUAAAAAAGGAAACAUAUUAAUUAAAUCCAACUGAUAACUUAAAGGACAACUAGUAUUAAAGAGGUUAAAAUAAUAUAUUUAAAGCAGAACAGUAGUUUUUCUGUUUUGUUUCUUUCUUAUGUGUUUGUUUUGUUUUUCAUCUUGCAAGUGAUCAAUUGCUACUUCUAGUUUUGCUAAUGAGUGCUUUUACCUUAAGGUAACCUUUUUAAAUGUGUGAGUGUGUGUGUAGACAUCUGUACUGUUUCCCUGUUUCUUCCUCAAUCAUCUAUUAGUGUGCCUGGAUCUGAACUGAUCCUGUGUUAAUCCUACGUCAAGACCAGUCCGUAAAGUCUUCUUAUGCAUGUAAGAAAGAAGGAAAAGUGAUCCCUCGGAGGGAGGGGGGACAGCAAAAAGUACUGAUUCAUUCUUUUUUGUAUUUUACUGGACCAUGUCUGGCUUUUCCUUUUGGCUUUACGAGACUAGUCUUUCUUUUGGUGGUAACGCAAAGAUUGAAAACAAUCACUUCAGGAUAAAACGAGUGAUAAUCUUGUUUCAGUGCGAAGCCAUCAGAGAGACCGCAGUCAGCAGAGGUUUUAAUCGGUUCAUAUGUAUUUAUUUAUUUGUAUAAUAAGACUUAAAAAGAUUCAUUCCUCACAGUUAUUAAAGGAAGCAUGUAAUCAGGUUCUUUCUACAUUGUAAAGUUCUAGCAGGGACAAAAGGUAACGCUCUGUUCUGCUUAAAAUGCUGCAAUGAAUUCAGGUUUUUAAAACAACUUUAUGUCAGUUCCACAUUUGGCAACGAGAUUGUGAAAUGUUAAAGGGCAGAAAAAUAAUGAAUAAAAAGAUUAACUUUCCUACCUUUAAAUGGCCAAAGUCAGGAUUACAAGGACAUGGUGGUAUGAAGUCGUGCCAUUUAAUGUUUGCGUGCUUUUCAGAUUUUUUUUUCCUGUAUGUGUCAAUGACAAAAUGUAUUACUUGAAUGUUGAGACUGUUUGUUUUGCAGGUAUUGAAAGGGACUUUUGGGCUAUUUGGACAAAGCUCCGGAGUAGAAGAAAUAAGUGUUACUCAUGUUGAAUUGAACUCAAAGCCUAGCCAAUGAGAAUUUGGGUGAAUUGAGUUGUGUGUACUUGCUACUGAUUCUGAUAUAAAAUCUGCUUGAAAAGACCAAAUUGAUCACUUGCAAGAUAAACCACAGAGGAAAAUUAAAAAGACGUUUGAGUUUAAAGUGAAACAGCAAAUGCAUUGUUUAUUUUAUUGUACACUGGCUUACCUACUAGACUACUGUAACUUUAAAAGGUUAAUGAUUGUGUGUGAAUGCGGCCUGCUGAUGUGGGCAAAUUUAAGAGUAUGAGUGUGUGUGUGUGUGAGUGUGUGAGAGUGUAAUAACACAGUGACACCCACAUUUUGUUCACCUAACUCCCUAAGAGCCCUUAAAAAGCCUUAAGUGUUCGGUCCUUGGACUUUCCUUUAAAACUGCGCAUGGUUUUAAUGAAAACCCAGAAUAAUGAGAAAGAAGAUGACGAGGAUAAACAGAAACAGCAAUUUUUUUUAAAUUGGUUUUUAUUUGAUUUGCUAUUUUUAUUUUAAUGAAGUUUGGUUUCAUAGAGAGCAAUUCCUUAGAGAUUCUUUAUAAUGGAAAGCAAGACGAGGAGUAAUAUUUUGUAAUUAUAUAUUUUUAGCAAUGUGUAGUUACUGAGCUGUAACUUCUUUUUUUCAGUUUCAAAGUUUCAGUUUGCAGUUGUGACUAUUUAUGAUACUUGAUUUGCUUGUUAUUUAAAUUUAUUUUCUUCUUUUUCUUGUACUAUUGCUGUGAAAAUGGAAGAAGGUCCACGGGCCUUUCUUUUGUGUCAUUCUGUACGACAGAUAAGAGGCAAGAGCGUGAGAGUUGUUACUCUUUUUGUAAUAUUGUAAUAAUAAAAUAAAAUUCUAAUUUA